AAGUUCAGAGAAAAUAAUGGCAGAAGUUGCUCCAGCUCCCGCUCCAGCCGCCGCGCCGGCUAAAGCAGCAAAGAAGAAGGUCUCCAAGCCGAAGAAGGCCGGCCCCAGCGUCGGCGAGCUGAUCGUUAAAACCGUGGCCGCAUCCAAAGAGCGCAGCGGCGUGUCAGCGGCCGCUCUCAAGAAGGCUCUGGCUGCCGGAGGCUACGAUGUGGAGAAGAACAAGGCCCGCGUUAAGACCGCCAUCAAGGCCCUGGUGGCUAAGGGCACUCUGGUCCAGACCAAGGGCACCGGCGCCUCCGGCUCCUUCAAGAUGAACAAGAAGGCUGAACCUAAGGUUAAGAAGCCGGUCAAGAAAGCCGCUCCUAAAGCCAAGAAGCCCGCCGCCAAGAAACCCGCAGCGGCCAAAAAGCCCAAGAAAGCGGCAGCCAAGAAGCCAGCAGCUGCUAAGAAAUCCCCCAAGAAGGUUAAGAAACCUGCCGCAGCCAAGAAAGUAGCCAAGAGCCCCAAGAAGGCUGCUAAGAGCCCCAAGAAGGUGGUCAAGAAGGCUCCUGCAGCCAAGAAAGCCCCCGCCAAGAAGGCAGCCAAACCCAAAGCUAAGAAGGCCGCAGCACCCAAGAAGAAGUGAACUGUUCUCACUCUCUAAAAUCCUGCUAAAAGGCUCUUUUAAGAGCCACACAUCUGUCCACGAAGAGCUGAUUCCUCCUGUAAUGGUUUUGUUUUUAAUUUGUAAUAUUGAUACUAAUAAUCUGUGAUGAUAGCAGUCAAUUUCCAGAAAUAAUUCUCUAUUGCUUUAAUAAGGGAGAGUAACAGAGCUACAGAAAAUAAUGAUUGCCACUUUUGCAAAGGCAAGAACAGAAAAAGACAGUGGUUGGUAGACAAAAACCAGACAUAGACUUCACAUGAUGAGGUGAAAGCAAAGAAACCUUCAAGUGCAACACAUUUGUGUGAAAAUCACUAUUUUCA